GCGCGCUUCCCCGCCGUUCCACCCGGCCGCCAUCGCGCCACUCAUGCCGCAAGCGCGCACGGUGCCUCACCGCAUCCCGCCCACGUUGGCGCCGCGCGGCCGUUCGGUGCGUCUGCGCCCUUGAUGUGUUCGGGGAAAUGCCACGCCGGAGAACCUGCGCCGGGUCUAUGCAGGAUCCACGCGCGGGUGGGGUGCCCUUGCCGCAGGCAUCAACGUCGGCACUCGGCAGUCUCCACCCGAGCAUCUUCUCAAAUGAUUGACUGGCUCAUCGUGCCCACGCGGCUCCCCUGUCCCUGUCCCUGCCCUGACGACCCAUGCUCAUUUCAGCUCCGAGCUGGUCGACCCACAGGUAAGGUAAAAAAUGCCGCUGGUGAUUUGGCAUCACAUGUUGCCUCCCUGGCCAAAUUCAACAACUGAAUGUGUUGUCUGGUUAUGGUUUCCUACUACGUUGUGAAUUUGGAAAAAUAUCCUACACAGCAUAGCACUUUGUACAUUCCUUGGAAUAGACGCCUCUGCUUUGUCUUAGAUUGGAGGAAUUUUUGUUUUCCCCUCCGACUACUGUGGGAGAUUUUACAUAGUUUCAGCAGCUCUACAUAUGCCAAAAUGUGUCGAUAGAUACAAGGUUGUACAUACGUAUCAGAAAUAAUCAAGCAUCUCAACGAGGAUCUAGUUUAAGCCUGGCGAUAUAAAUGAUGCUUUGUCCUGUACUGCUUGUACCAUUUAUUCAAGAAAAUAUGCGUCGUACUAUGUCUUAGGUGGUUUGGUGCGUCCGCUGUCUACAUAUUCAAGCCUGCUAGGUCCAAUGCAUAUUCCUGCUUUUGCUCUUGCCGUUGUUGUGAUGCCUUAGGUGUGCCGGGAGAGAUGUCAGGAUUGCUUGGCACGGUUGUUGACACAGCAAUAGGAUGGCUGGUGGAAAGCAUCCUUGGUAGCUUCUUCACUGGACAGAUGGAAGCAUGGACUCAUGAAAUCGGGCUUGCUAAAGAUGUGGAGAAGCUCAAAUUUGAGAUGAGGUACGUAGAGAUGGUUCUUGCUGCUGCCAGGGGAAGGAGGAUUGACAACAUGCCUCUGGCCCAGUCACUGGCUGAUCUCAAAGAACUGCUUUAUGACUCAGAGGACGUGAUGGACGAGCUCGACUAUUACCGACUCCAGCAACAGAUCGAAAAAGGGAAAGGCUGUAGUGCUCCUACUGGCACUAAGCCUGAGGAAAGCUAUGUGUCCUCAUCCCCUCUAUCUUCUGUUGUUAAAUUAGUACGCAGCGCCACAAGCCAAAUAACUGAUUGGAUCUCACGCAGCAGAAAAAGGAAACGUGAGGAGGAGGGGCCAGCUCAUUGUAACAUGCUGCCUUUUGAGAUUAAAGAUAGCAUUUCUAAGAGGAUCAAUGUAAUAGUGAAUCUUCUACGCAGUAAUGGCAAUUCUGUGCAGGGGGCUCUUCAGCUUGAGAUCUUGCGCCCCAUUGCAACAUCACGUAAGUGUCAGAAUAUUUCAAGGAAUGCUUGCAUGACAACUUCUCUUUCAACUGAAUGUCAGAUGUACGGAAGGGAUACAGAAAGAGACGAGAUAAUAGCUCAGUUGAUAAAGGGGGGAUCUAGUGAUCUGAAUGUUUUUCCAGUGGUUGGCAUUGGUGGUAUUGGGAAGACGACGCUUGCUAGAUAUGUAUACCAUGAUAAAAGAAUUAAAAAUCAUUUUGAUUUGCAAAUGUGGGUCUGUGUAUCCACUAACUUCGAUAUAGUGGGGCUAACAAUUCAGAUCCUAGAGCAUGUAUGUGAAGAUGGACCGUACGAGAAAAAAAGCAGCUUGAAUAAAUUGCAGGAGAUCCUUUUGGAAAAUAUUAGAAACAAAAGAUUUCUGCUUGUAUUGGAUGAUAUGUGGGAAGACAAGGACAGGAGUGGAUGGAUUAAAUUCUUGGCUCCAUUGAAAAGUAACCAAGCAAACGGUUGCAUGGUACUAGCAACAACUAGAACAAAAUCAGUGGCAAAAAUGAUAGGAACUAUGGGUGAAAUCACAUUGAGUGGUCUGGAUGAAAAAGAGUUUUGGCUGUUCUUCAAGGCAUGUGCAUUUCGCAAUGUCAACUGCAAGCACCAUCCUAGUUUACAAUUUAUUGGGAAACAAAUUGCUAAAGUGCUAAAAGGAUGCCCACUAGCUGCACGAAGUGUUGGUGCACUUUUGAGCACAGAUGUUAGCUAUCAACACUGGACGGCAGUUCGGGACAAAUGGAAAUCUCUUCAAGAAUAUGAUGAUGAUAUUUUACCCAUCUUGAAGCUCAGUUAUGAUCAUCUACCAGUCCACCUUCAGCGUUGUUUCUCAUAUUGCUCUUUGUUUCCAGAGGACUACCAAUUUAAUGGGAAAGAAUUGGUCCAUGCUUGGAUAUCACAAAAUUUUGUGCAGCGCAAAGAUCCUACCAUAAGAUUGGAAGAAACAGGGCACGCAUAUUUGGAAAGAUUAGUGGAUUUGGGCUUCUUCCAAAAGGAUGGCUCACACUAUAUUAUGCAUGACCUAAUGCAUGUACUGGCUGGGACGGUUUGAGCAAAUGAGUGUGCUACUAUUGAUGGAUUGAAAUCUGAAUCAAUUCAAGCAACUGUACGGCAUUUGUCUAUCAUAACUACUGAUUUUGAGAAAGAUGAACAUGGCAACAAUUCUAGUGAGAAGUUUGACAAAAUACUUCAGAAGGUUAGUUCUUGGCACAAAUUGAGGACCUUGAUGUUGUUUGGGCAAAGCAGCAUACAUUUAUUAGGGUCCUUGCGUACUUUAUGCAAGAGGGCUAAAUGUUUAAGGUUCCUAAGUGUGUCAGGUGCUGACGUCGGCUCUACAAACAGCUUGUUAAAUCUGUUCCAUCUUCGUUAUAUAAUGGCAUACAGAGUCAACAACCCUGCGUUUCGUCAAGCUUUGACAAGUUGUUAUCACCUUCAAGUAUUGGAUGUGGGCAUUUCAGGCAAUCUUGAUGUACCUGCUGAUAUGAAUAAUCUUGUUAAUCUGCGCCAUCUUAUUGCUCAUGAGAAAGUGCACCAUGCAAUAGAUUGUGUCGGCAACAUGACCUCUCUCCAGGAGUUAAAAUUCAAGGUUCAAAAUGUUGGCCGUUUUCAGAUAGGACAACUUCAGUCCAUGAAUAAGCUUGUAUUACUUGGAAUUUCUCAACUUGAAAAUGCAAAGACUAAAGAAGAGGCGAGGGGGGCCAGGCUGAUAGACAAAGAGUAUCUAGACAAAUUGUCGUUAUCAUGGGAGAAUAGUAGCAUGAAUCUUCAACCUGAGGCUGCGAAAGAUGUGCUUGAUGGUCUUCAACCACAUCAGAACCUCAAAAAUCUAGAAAUAACUGGAUAUGGUGGCGUUACCUCCCCAACCUGGCUUUCCAGUACUUUUUCAGUUACCUCACUGCAGAUACUUCAUCUAGAGAAUUGCAGGGAAUGGAAAAUUCUUCGAUCUAUUGAAAUGCCUUCCCUUAGGAAGCUAACAUUGAUCAGGAUGUUGAAUAUAAUGGAAAUCUCAGUUCCUUCUUUGGAAGAGUUGAUCUUGAUCGAUAUGCCAAAAUUGGAAAAAUGUAUCGGUUCUUAUGGAAUGGAAUUGACCUCCCAUCUAAGGGUUUUGAUGAUCAAGAACUGCCCUCAACUGAAUGAGUUCACUCUUUUCAAGAGUUACUCUUCUUUCGAAGCUGAGCAGAAGUCAUGGUUUCCGUCUCUCAGCAAACUCUCCAUCGGGCAGUGUCCUCAUAUAAUGAAAAACUGGGAAAUACUUCCACUAAGAGAAAUGGAGGCGCUAAAGGAGUUGGAGUUGAUGGACCUGCAUGUUGUCAGAGUGUCAGUUCCUUCUCUGGAGAAGUUGGUGUUGGCUAAAAUGCCAAGCCUGGAAUUUUGCAGCAGUCUAACGACUUCUCCACCUCUGCAAUUUUUACCUUCCCAAGGAGAUCCAAAGGAGUGGACAUCUAACCUCCGUAGACUCACCAUCCACAAUUGCCCUCGUCUGAUUGUGCCUCAUCCUCUUCCGCCUUCUGCUCUAAUUUCUGAGUUGUCCAUCAGGGAGGUUUCUACACUUCCAACAAUGAGGAUAAACUGGAGACGUUUCACUAUCGAAUCUUAUCAGUUGUGUGUUCUGGAUGAUAGUAUCUUGGCAUUUGAUAAUCUUAGGGGCAUAGCAUCAUUGGAAAUAAAAAAUUGUCAAAAUCUGGUCUCUCUUUCAAGUGAAUUCAACCAGUUAUUCACUUUAGAACAUUUAAGUUUACACGACUGCCAUAUUUUUACCAAGUCAAACAUCAUGUCAGAGAUUGCCCAGGAAAACAGCACAUCUGCAUGCAGCCUUGUCCUCCCAUCUCUCAAAUCUGUCAACAUUAAAACAUGUGGAGUAACAGGGAGGUGGCUAACACAAAUGGUUUCACAUUCGAAGUCCCUUGAGAACUUGCAAUUAAGGAACUGUCCACAGAUAAAGUUUCUAUCAAUCGGUCAACCUAGAGAAGCGGAAGGAACCAGCAGUUUGGCUUCAGCAGUGAUGACUUCAGCCCAAGAUGAACAGGAACUAAAACUGCCAUAUAAUCUCGUAUGUUCUCUCAAGAAAUUAUGGAUUCAGGAACACUGGGAUCUAGAGUUCUGUGGGGGUAAGAGAGACUUCGCAGGAUUCACGUCUCUUACAGAGCUAGUCCUUCAAGGUUGCCCCAAGCUGGUUUCAUCGCUGGUGGGUGAAACGAAUGACGAUGGUACCGUGGAAGUUGGAUUACUCCCCCCAUCACUUGAAGACCUUAGUAUCACUUCUCUCCCAGAAAACUUGCAUUCCUUCACUCCUCAAGGCCUUCUCCACCUCAAAAAGUUAAGUCUACGUGAUGGCCCAUGUUUGAAGUCUGUAGAGCUGCAUUCCUGUAUGGCCCUAAAGCAGCUGGAAAUCACGGGGUGUGCCGGGCUGGCUGUACUGGAGGGCUUGCAGUUUCUCAGCUCCCUGCGAAGCUUGGCGAUGGAGAUGAACCCUGAGCUGUCUUGUGCAUGGGAUCUCAGACUGCAGGAGCAAGAACAGUGCAGCAAUCAAAUUCAGCUGCUUCCUCCAUCACUUGAAGAACUUUAUAUCUGGAAUCUCACAGAUAGGAUCCAGUCCCAUCUUCUGUCCUUCCUUUCUGCCAUGGCCAGUUUAGCCGUACAGAAAAGUCCAGAAUUGACGUCUCUACAGCUGGGAUGCUGCACGGCAGUGAAAGAGUUGGAAAUUGGAGACUGCGACUUGCUUGCGUCGAUCGAGGGCCUCCAGUUCUGUGUAAACCUGACAUCCUUGAAAGUAUUUAACUCCCCUGGCCUAGUUUCCUGGUUGAAGCUUGUGUCGCAGCAGCAAGGGGCCUCUGAGAUCUGGUCUGGACUGGAAACUCUUGAGAUUGAUGAUGCAUCUGUCAUUUCCAUGCCCUUCUGCAAACAGCUCACAUCUCUAACACACCUAGAGUUCAGUUCUCGGGGUGGUAAACAGGGAGAGAGCUUGGUGAGCUUAACAGAGGAACAAGAGAGAGCAUUACAACUUCUAACCUCCCUGCAAGAACUUCGAUUGUGCAUGUGCCCAAAUCUCUCAUUACUUCCUGCAAACUUACAUAGCUUGACCUCCCUUGAGACAUUAUCUAUCAUGCAUUGUACGUGCAUCAGAAGGCUGCCAGACAUGGGCCUCCCACCUUCACUCAGAUACCUUCAGUUAUCCAAUUGCAGUGAGGAGUUAGGUAUGCACUGCAGAAUUGUAGCAACGGAGAAGCUAAGGGUCAUGAUUGAUUGUCAGUGUGUGAAUUAAUCAUCGGUGUUUACUUCUGAGACUGCAGCCACCUGCCACCUGAGAUGUUGUACAUAUUUCUGCACUCGCGGUCACCGGCACGAACAUUUGUGCAAGUAUCAUAUACCCAUUUGGCUUUCCACAAGCUACUCCAGCUGCAUGGUGGAUGAACACAGGAAAUCAUAGGUUGAAAGUGGCAAGUCCUUUUUCUUUAUCAGAGGCAUUAUGACCUUCAGCUUAUUCUUGUCACUCUUCUGGUUCGUUAUUCAGUAAGGAUCGCUGGAACGAACCUCACAUGGGAUGCUUAAUGUUAUCAUGUUACAUCACGGUAUUUGGAAUCUUCGGUACACCAGGAUUACCUGAUGAAUGAUGACUACACUUUAGUUUGCUGGUUGCCUGGCUCUACCAUUUCUGGUCUGGAUUGGAAGGUGGGCAAUGUCCAUGAAAAACCGAAGGAGACUGUAGCCACCCGAGACGUUAUACAUAUUUCUGCGCUCCCUGUUGCCAGCACAUUUGUGCUCCGUGUCACCAGCACAUUGUGCAAGUGCCAUAUACCCAUCUGGCUUUCCACAAGCUACUCUAGUUGCAUGGUGGAUGGACCAGGGACACCAUGUUGAAAGUGGCAACACUCUCUGUUUAAUCAGGGGCAUUAUGCCCUUUCCCUCAUUCUUGCGUCUUCUAGUUGCUGGCUGGCUGUGAGCUAUGCUGUAUCAACUGGCCGUGAGCUACCAUGAGGUGUGGAUUGGCAGUUGGCCAUGUCCAUGAAAAACCGAGGAAGGUACAGCAAUUCAGUUGGUGACGAUCUCCAUCUCAUACGGAAUAUGGACAUCUAUAUAUGAACCUGCCGGGAACUAAAGGAGUCUCAGACUACCAACACCGCAACUCGUUUGGCUUCCUCAAUAGUCUGCUCAGCUCGCGACCUCCUCUACUGCCUUUCCUGGCUUCUCAGCAGUGCAGUGGGCGACACUUAACCCGCGCCGUCGAACGAGUCGAUAGGGGUGGAUGUCCACGGUGGGGUCGUCACUGAAUUUGACGUUGCUGGAGAUGUUCUCGUCGAGCUCGAGGCACCUGUGUUGAGAUACUAGGCCUUGUAGAAAGCUUUGGAUAAAAAGAUGAGAAAAGAAGCCACCCUGUUUCUAUAAUGAGGCAACAAAUAUUUUGAAAGCUAAAAUGCUACCAUUUGUGGAACAGAGGGAGACCACACCCUAAUUAAAGAUGGAAAGUAGAAAUACAGUCGAAUCACGACAACACUCAGUAAUAGUUGAAUUUCUACUUUGCUAUGCGACCUUCUGUGCCGAGAUUCCAUUCUCAGCAUUGCAUCUGAUUGGGCAUUGCUGGAGGGUAUGGCUAGCAAGUAGCAACUAGCAAGUGCAGGUGAUCUGCUCCCAUAACUUGUGCCUUAGA